GACAUUAGGAAAAAAAAAAAAAAAGAAGCUAAUAAUAGUUUUUUUUUUUAAUUAUUAUUUUUGAAAGGAAGAGGAAGAGCACGUCCACGCGUCCACUGAUGAAUCGCCUUUGAGCUCAGUCCCUCACGAGAUACUGGUCUCCGCCACAUCUCCACGAUUCGUCCAGCUCACAAAAACCACGCCUCACCCUUUGUGUGUUGAUUUUUUUUUUUUUUUUUUUUUUUCUGGUUCUCUCUCUCACUUCCAAACCCAAAUCUUCCCCUAUCUCUCAGCCGAGUCAGGCCGAGCUCGACUCGGCGGCCUCGGUUUUCUCUUUGUUUCUCACUCUAUCUAUCACUCAUCUCUCUGCGAUUCCAUGGAACGCAACUGCUUGCGACUUGACUUCAUUAUCCUCCAUCACCAGCCGUUGAUUCUGUAGAAAUCAUAGGUUUUUUUGGCUCCAUCUCUUUUUGACUUCCGAUUUUUCAAGAAUCAGGAUGGGUCGUCUCCAUUGGAUUAUCUUCUUCACUUUCACUGCAGUCUCAGCUCUUGUUCCUGCUCUCCAUGCUAGUGCCGGUGAUGCUGAUCCGAUAUACAAGUCUUGCGUGGAGGACUGUGAGAAAUCUGGUUGUGUGAAGGACAAAUGCUUUCAACACUGUAAAUUUACUUCUGAUGGGAAACCUAUUGAUGGUCCAUGGUACCUGCAAGAACCACUUUAUCUGCGCUGGAAACAAUGGGACUGCCGCAGCGACUGCCGAUACCAAUGCAUGCUUGCUAGGGAGGAAGAAAGACAGAAACUUGGUGACAAGCCUGUCAAGUAUCAUGGGAAAUGGCCCUUUCAGCGUGUUUAUGGCAUCCAGGAGCCAGUUGCUGUUGCUCUCUCUGCUCUCAAUCUUGCCAUACAAUUUCAUGGUUGGAUAUCCUUUUACAUCCUUCUACACUACAAAUUGCCUUUGAGGCCAAAUAAGAGAACCCAUUAUGAAUAUACUGGUUUAUGGCAUAUCUAUGCACUAUUUUCUAUGAAUUCUUGGUUCUGGAGUGCUGUAUAUCACAGUAGAGAUGUGGAGUUGACAGAGAAGCUAGACUAUUCAUCUGCUGUGGCACUACUUGGAUUUACCCUCAUUCUAGCAAUACUGCGAGCUUUUAAUGUGAGAGAUGAGGCUGCCAGGGUCAUGGUUGCAGCUCCACUGAUUGCUUUUGUAACCACACACAUUUUGUACCUGAAUUUCUAUAAACUCGAUUACGUGAAACUAUAUUGCUUGGUGACUGACCUAAGGAACAUAGUCAGUCAUGCACAAAUGAAUCUUCCACAAUGCCUAGCACAUUUUUUAGGCUUGAACUUCAAAGUGUGCUCGGCCAUGCGUGUCACUCAGCUUCUUAUAUGGGCAGUUUGGGCUGGAGUCACUCGGCAUCCAUCACGCUGGAAACUGUGGGUGGUGGUUGCUGGAGGAGGUGUUGCCAUGCUUCUGGAGAUAUAUGAUUUCCCACCAUACCAUGGGUUUGUGGACGCUCAUGCUCUCUGGCAUGCAACUACCGUCCCUCUCACAUACCUCUGGUGGAGUUUUGUGAGAGAUGAUGCCGAGUUUAGGACAUUAGCUCUCCACAAGAAAGUCAAGUAGUGUUUCUCGAUGCCAAGAAUGAACUCUAAAUCAGAUGGUGGAUUGUAUCAAAAGUACAGGACAUGCUCACACCUGUUAAUUCAUCUCCUUUUCUUUCUUUUUUCCUUUUUAAUUCUCUUUUUUUUUUAUUAAAAAAAAAAAAAAAAAGCUUCUUCUCUCUCUCUCUUUUUUUUUUUUUUCUCUCCUUACUCACUUGUAUGGAUUUCUUCGAAAAUGGUUAUCAUGGUGGUUUUCUUUGUUCUUGUAUCAUGUUUCAGUAACGGCCAAAUUGUUUCCACGAAAUACGUGGAUACUUUCUGUAACGUUAUUUAGAUUAUAAAUUUAUUGCCUUCCCCAUUUAUUUAUUUUA